AUAUCUGUGUUACAAGAAACCACUCGACUUAUCGAACAAAAACUAGCAACUAAUGGAAAGGCACUGAAGGCUUCUUUUAAUGCAGCUAAUCUUGAAAAUGAUGGAGACUUCUUGUAUUUCGUGGCUGAUGCUUCUGUUAUAGCGUUUCAAUAUGGAAAUCCGGAUAUAUUAUGCAAGCCUCUUGUUGAAGCAAAGAAGCACGGAGAUGAUUUGGUGGAAGCUUAUGACAAAUUUAUCAAAGAUUUUUUCCUUAAAUCUGAAGGUAGUACACAAAGUUAUAACCAACAGAACUUGAAGAACACUGCUAUCAUUGAAAACAGUGCUGAUAAAUUAUGGUGGUUUCAAGUUUGUACUAAAGUUGCAUACUUUCAGGUGGCUCCUUCAAAUGACAGUAUACGCUCCCACAAAGUUGACACGAGAUACCAUUUGGACCUUUGCAAAAAUGUCUUUGGAAAGGGCAUAUAUCCUGAUGUUGAUGCAAUUAAUUUAUACUAUGGAGGCACAAAAGUUGCUGGUUCCAAAAUAGUAUUCACAAAUGGUUCACAAGAUCCUUGGUGUCGUGCAUCUAAACAAAUUUCAUCACCCAGCAUGCCUUCCAAAGGUUGUAUUAGAGUUUAUGGAUUUAUAGCCACUUGACUCCGGUGUACGAAAUUGAGCCUCUUGAGAAGUUUACUGAUGCCCAUCUUGAUCAAUGUCUGUGGCAACAAUAGUUAUCUCUUUCCCAACUGGAUAGAGCCCGCAGAUUCGGAGCCAUCACCGUUUUGGUUUAUAAGUGAUAUAAACAAUUUGUGAAGUAUGCUACAGACCAAGUCUGAAUUGUCGAGAAGAUUGAUUUAACAACAUUAAAUGGGCUUCUCCGUUUGGUGCUAAAUCACAACACUGCAGAUGUUUUGUCUGUUCCCCAUGAACCAUCAAUUCACUCCCUGUUACUCAGAAUGUUUAUUCUGCAGAUAGAACUGAGCAGAAAUUUGUUGUACCUCUCCCUCAGAAUAUGAAAGAUGGCGUAGAAUCAGCUCCUGAAGUAUGCGCAUAAGGUUUUUCUCGACCCCAGGAUACAUGGGCUGAUGUUGAGCUAGUUUUGAAGGUUAUGAUAAGAAGUAGAAAGUUGUUAUUCAAAGAGAGAACUAAGAGGCUUGAAGAAUAGAACGGAAUGUUUGCUGCUAGGAAGUUGUGCCUUGUAUUGGACCCAGACCAUACACUUUUCAAUUCGGAAGUUACGGCAACACGUCUUCUAAUCAAUGUUACACCAUCCUCACACAUCCAAACUGAAAUCACGAGCCACCCAAAACCGAGUACACCAACAAGGCUGUGAGAAAACCGAAACCAAUGCUUCAAUCU